AUGGACAAAGGAAGGAAGUUCCAUUGGCGCAACAGACAGCAACAUGCAUUUGAAGAGCUAAAGGAGGUAACUAUGGCAACAAUCCUUGUUCUGCCCAAUUUACAAGCUACUUUUGAGGUAGAGACAGACGUCAGCAAUUAUGGUAUGUGUGCAGUGCUACUACAGGAGAGGCUUAUCCAUUACCAUUUAGAAACAUUUAGAGAGCCCUUGUUAAAUUACAGCACCUAUGACGAUAAGGAACUAUAUGCUCAGGUUUCUGUGCUGAAGAUGUGGAAGCGUUACCUCAUGGAGAAAGAGAUCAUUAUGCACGCAGACAGUAAGCCCUUGCAAUACUUGCAAGCACAAAAAUAG